UGUUAAAGCACUGGGCAUAGACAGCACCAAAGGUUUCUGUACAUGUGGAGGUGAGUCAUACUCAACAACAUGAUGGGUGGGCCCAACACUUCAUUAUGGCUCCUACUAAUCUCAGCUAUUGGAACAGUCUGCACAACUACAAAGAUCAACUUAAUAACAAUGAAUGACAUAGUAAAAACAUAUCAGUGGAGCCAACUGAACAGCACUAUUAACAAUGCCUCACACGAAGCCUGCAACACAACAACACUAAAUAUAGCAAGUUCCAGGAUAUCUAACACUGUGGAGACCCUUACUAACCAACUGUCUUGUGUGAGUGGCAAAAACCAAAGCCUUUCUGAAGAGAAGAUUGGAGGGCUGCAAUACAAUCUCAGACGGAUUAUGGAUUUGAAUUUAAAAGUCUUCAUAUAUUUGGCUGAAAAUGACUCAAAAUCCGAGGUCCUCAAUGUCUUUGGAGUUUUGAACAGUCUCAACCCUGUUAAUGUCCGAAGUGAGACGUUCAUACGACUGUGGUCCAAAAUCCAGCUGGAACCUCUUUUGCCCUACAUUACUGGAGAAUUCAUGACCCUGUUGAGCACAAAAGACUUCAGCUGCAGCGCUUAUCAGGCAUUGAUCAAGACACUAAGUGAUGAUCUGGGAUCCAUUACCGAAGGGCAAAAACUAUUGUUAUACAAUCACAGAAGCACAGACGCUCAAAGCAGCCAAUCUGCCUCAAUAAACACAAAGCAACAACAAUUGAUCUUCACUUACUUCAUCCUACCAUUCCUUUCGAGAAAUGACACAACAGAUCCCGGCUGUGUGUCAAACACCAGUGGAAGCACGGACUGGCUCCAGAGGAACUUUGGCGUAUUUUCAGUUUUUGCAGAACUGUCCGAGUUACAAGUUCUUAAUCCCGGGUUUUCCAGCAUGGAAUCUCUCUCGGCGCUUACUCCAGACCAAGUGGCACAAUGGGCAUUGAGCUCUGGAGCAUUGAAUAACACCAAUGACAUCAACCUUGUGUUUGAGCGGCUGGACAAAGGAAACGCUUUCCAAAAUGUUGACCAGUUUCUGACGCAAUUGACGGCCGAUGCAGAACAGAUUCCUGACAUCUCUCCGGCCGUGAGGGAUGUAAUGAUGAAUCUGACAUUUAGCAUCAUCAGCCCUGAAUUCCAACGAUUUGAAAGGCUGGACUGGAUUGUGUGGUUCGAAGUAAAGCUGACUCCCAUCCUCCCCAGUUUUAAUGGAGUGAUGCUCACUAAUGCUACGUCAUACGUCAACUGCACCAACUACCAAGUGAUUGUUAAAGGAAUGUCCGAUGCCUUCCCUAAAAUGACUCCUGAUAGAAGAGAAGAAAUCGCAAUGGUCAUGCUGAAUUACCUGAAGAGAUCUAUACAACUCAUCAAUGGACCAGCUUGCACCCAGGGCAUUCAAAACGAUGCAGACUGGCUUGAGAUCAACCUGGGUCUAUUCUCUCAAUACGUAUCCUAUUCGGAUCUCACACACUUCAACAUCUCAGGGGUGGCAGUUCUAGACAUCCUCUCACCAAAUCAGAGAGCUGAACUGAUAUUUGACCAAAGCAGUGGCGCUCUGGAGAAUGUCACUCUUGUCAGGGAAGUUUUCAUCAGCUUGGUGGAAUCUGACGUGCAGCUAGAGGAGUUCUUUGUGACUUUUGUCGAAAUCACCAAGCAGGAAAACAUCACCAUCAUCACAAACACAGAUGUAAGAGACACAAUGCUAAACCUGACCUUGACGGCUCUUGCUCCCCAAUUCUACGUCUUUGAGCCAAAAGACUUCCAGCUUUGGUUCCAAGUCAAUCUGGAUGUUCUACUAGCCAGUUUCAAUCCUUCCAGUUUGGUUGUUAUCCCCCUGAACAUCACCUGUGAAUCAUACGACGCCAUAUUUACAGGUCUCAACCAAAGUUUGGAAUCUCUUCCACCUAACCUCUCACAGGGUGUGAUGUCCAGCUUGGAUGCAUUGAUGGAGAAAUUCCAACGUUGCCCAAGGCCGCUCCCUGAUAUUGUGUGCAAAGAAACAUUGGUCAAUGAAGAACAACUUUGUACUGGAGUCAACAGUGCACAACUGGAGCAAAACCUAUUGUCUGGCAGUUCUUCUGAAUCUCUGUGCAACUUCAACCUCCCUGAAUAUGCCUGUUCCUCAACAUUCCAUCUCUCAGCGGACAACUUGGUGACGCUGCUGAAAUGCCAACUAGCGAGCAACACCACUUACUCAACAGCAAUGUGGAAGCUGUUCUUCCAAAACAAUGCUGCGGUUCUGGAUCAGGCUCUUCUGGAGUAUUCCAGCAUGAACCCCAACAUCAGCAGUCCAGCUAUGCCACAAAUCCUUGAUGCCAUUGAAGAAGUCAAAAUAAACAAUUUCACUAAUGCACAGCUGAACAACGUCGGUUUCAUCAAUGACUGGUUCCAGAAGAGGCUCCAACCAUUCCUGGCAUCUCCAUCCAGCAAUUUCCUCUCCUGUCUGAGCUCCAAGAACUUCAGUUGUCAGACCUACCAAACUGUUAUUGCUGCUCUAAACAGCCAAUCAACCUCCAUGAACACAGAGCAACAACAAUUGAUCUUCACUCAAUUCAUCUAUCCAUUCCUUUCAAGAAAUGACUCAACAGAUCCCGGCUGUGUAUCAAAUACCAGUGGAAGCACGGACUGGCUCCAGAGGAACUUUGGCGUAUUUUCAGUUUUUGUAGAACUGUCCGAGUUACAAGUUCUUAAUCCCGGGUUUUCCAGCAUGGAAUCUCUCUCGGCGCUUACCCCAGACCAAGUGGCACAAUGGGCAUUGAGCUCUGGAGCAUUGAAUAACACCAAUGACAUCAACCUUGUGUUUGAGCGGCUGGACAAAGGAAACGCUUUCCAAAAUGUUGACCAGUUUCUGACGCAAUUGACGGCCGAUGCAGAACAGAUUCCUGACAUCUCUCCGGCCGUGAGGGAUGUAAUGAUGAAUCUGACAUUUAGCAUCAUCAGCCCUGAAUUCCAACGAUUUGAAAGGCUGGACUGGAUUGUGUGGUUCGAAGUAAAGCUGACUCCCAUCCUCCCCAGUUUUAAUGGAGUGAUGCUCACUAAUGCUACGUCAUACGUCAACUGCACCAACUACCAAGUGAUUGUUAAAGGAAUGUCCGAUGCCUUCCCUAAAAUGACUCCUGAUAGAAGAGAAGAAAUCGCAAUGGUCAUGCUGAAUUACCUGAAGAGAUCUAUACAACUCAUCAAUGGACCAGCUUGCACCCAGGGCAUUCAAAACGAUGCAGACUGGCUUGAGAUCAACCUGGGUCUAUUCUCUCAAUACGUAUCCUAUUCGGAUCUCACACACUUCAACAUCUCAGGGGUGGCAGUUCUAGACAUCCUCUCACCAAAUCAGAGAGCUGAACUGAUAUUUGACCAAAGCAGUGGCGCUCUGGAGAAUGUCACUCUUGUCAGGGAAGUUUUCAUCAGCUUGGUGGAAUCUGACGUGCAGCUAGAGGAGUUCUUUGUGACUUUUGUCGAAAUCACCAAGCAGGAAAACAUCACCAUCAUCACAAACACAGAUGUAAGAGACACAAUGCUAAACCUGACCUUGACGGCUCUUGCUCCCCAAUUCUACGUCUUUGAGCCAAAAGACUUCCAGCUUUGGUUCCAAGUCAAUCUGGAUGUUCUACUAGCCAGUUUCAAUCCUUCCAGUUUGGUUGUUAUCCCCCUGAACAUCACCUGUGAAUCAUACGACGCCAUAUUUACAGGUCUCAACCAAAGUUUGGAAUCUCUUCCACCUAACCUCUCACAGGGUGUGAUGUCCAGCUUGGAUGCAUUGAUGGAGAAAUUCCAACGUUGCCCAAGGCCGCUCCCUGAUAUUGUGUGCAAAGAAACAUUGGUCAAUGAAGAACAACUUUGUACUGGAGUCAACAGUGCACAACUGGAGCAAAACCUAUUGUCUGGCAGUUCUUCUGAAUCUCUGUGCAACUUCAACCUCCCUGAAUAUGCCUGUUCCUCAACAUUCCAUCUCUCAGCGGACAACUUGGUGACGCUGCUGAAAUGCCAACUAGCGAGCAACACCACUUACUCAACAGCAAUGUGGAAGCUGUUCUUCCAAAACAAUGCUGCGGUUCUGGAUCAGGCUCUUCUGGAGUAUUCCAGCAUGAACCCCAACAUCAGCAGUCCAGCUAUGCCACAAAUCCUUGAUGCCAUUGAAGAAGUCAAAAUAAACAAUUUCACUAAUGCACAGCUGAACAACGUCGGUUUCAUCAAUGACUGGUUCCAGAAGAGGCUCCGACCAUUCCUGGCAUCUCCAUCCAGCAAUUUCCUCUCCUGUCUGAGCUCCAAGAACUUCAGUUGUCAGACCUACCAAACUGUUAUUGCUGCUCUAAACAGCCAAUCAACCUCCAUGAACACAGAGCAACAACAAUUGAUCUUCACUCAAUUCAUCUAUCCAUUCCUUUCAAGAAAUGACUCAACAGAUCCCGGCUGUGUAUCAAAUACCAGUGGAAGCACGGACUGGCUCCAGAGGAACUUUGGCGUAUUUUCAGUUUUUGCAGAACUGUCCGAGUUACAAGUCCUUAAUCCCGGGUUUUCCAGCAUGGAAUCUCUCUUGGCGCUUACCCCAGACCAAGUGGCACAAUGGGCAUUGAGCUCUGGAGCAUUGAAUGACACCAAUGACAUCAACCUUGUGUUUGAGCGGCUGGACGAAGGAAACGCUUUCCAAAAUGUUGACCAGUUUCUGACGCAAUUGACGGCCGAUGCAGAACAGAUUCCUGACAUCCUUCCGGCCGUGAGGGACGUAAUGAUGAAUCUGACAUUUAGCAUCAUCAGCCCUGAAUUCCAACGAUUUAAAAGGCUGGACUGGAUUGUGUGGUUCGAAGUAAAGCUGACUCCCAUCCUCCCCAGUUUUAAUGGAGUGAUGCUCACUAAUGCUACGUCAUACGUCAACUGCACCAACUACCAAGUGAUUGUUAAAGGAAUGUCCGAUGCCUUCCCUAAAAUGACUCCUGAUAGAAGAGAAGAAAUCGCAAUGGUCAUGCUGAAUUACCUGAAGAGAUCUAUACAACUCAUCAAUGGACCAGCUUGCACCCAGGGCAUUCAAAACGAUGCAGACUGGCUUGAGAUCAACCUGGGUCUAUUCUCUCAAUACGUAUCCUAUUCGGAUCUCACACACUUCAACAUCUCAGGGGUGGCAGUUCUAGACAUCCUCUCACCAAAUCAGAGAGCUGAACUGAUAUUUGACCAAAGCAGUGGCGCUCUGGAGAAUGUCACUCUUGUCAGGGAAGUUUUCAUCAGCUUGGUGGAAUCUGACGUGCAGCUAGAGGAGUUCUUUGUGACUUUUGUCGAAAUCACCAAGCAGGAAAACAUCACCAUCAUCACAAACACAGAUGUAAGAGACACAAUGCUAAACCUGACCUUGACGGCUCUUGCUCCCCAAUUCUACGUCUUUGAGCCAAAAGACUUCCAGCUUUGGUUCCAAGUCAAUCUGGAUGUUCUACUAGCCAGUUUCAAUCCUUCCAGUUUGGUUGUUAUCCCCCUGAACAUCACCUGUGAAUCAUACGACGCCAUAUUUACAGGUCUCAACCAAAGUUUGGAAUCUCUUCCACCUAACCUCUCACAGGGUGUGAUGUCCAGCUUGGAUGCAUUGAUGGAGAAAUUCCAACGUUGCCCAAGGCCGCUCCCUGAUAUUGUGUGCAAAGAAACAUUGGUCAAUGAAGAACAACUUUGUACUGGAGUCAACAGUGCACAACUGGAGCAAAACCUAUUGUCUGGUAGCUCUUCUGAAUCUCUGUGCAACUUCAACCUCCCUGAAUAUGCCUGUUCCUCAACAUUCCAUCUCUCAACGGACAACUUGGUGACGCUGCUGAAAUGCCAACUAGCGAGUAACACCACUUACUCAACAGCAAUGUGGAAGCUGUUCUUCCAAAACAAUGCUGCGGUUCUGGAUCAGGCUCUUCUGGAGUAUUCCAGCAUGAACCCCAACAUCGGCAAUCCAGCUAUGCCACAAAUCCUUGAUGCCAUCGAAGAGGUCAAAAUAAACAAUUUCACUAAUGCACAGCUGAACAACGUCGGUUUCAUCAAUGACUGGUUCCAGAAGAGGCUCCGACCAUUCCUGGCAUCUCCAUCCAGCAAUUUCCUCUCCUGUCUGAGCUCCAAGAACUUCAGUUGUCAGACCUACCAAACUGUUAUUGCUGCUCUAAACAGCCAAUCAACCUCCAUGAACACAGAGCAACAACAAUUGAUCUUCACUCAAUUCAUCUAUCCAUUCCUUUCAAGAAAUGACUCAACAGAUCCCGGCUGUGUAUCAAAUACCAGUGGAAGCACGGACUGGCUCCAGAGGAACUUUGGCGUAUUUUCAGUUUUUGCAGAACUGUCUGAGUUACAAGUCCUUAAUCCUGGGUUUUCCAGCAUGGAAUCUUUCUCGGCGCUUACCCCAGACCAAGUGGCACAAUGGGCAUUGAGCUCUGGAGCAUUGAAUGACACCAAUGACAUCAACCUUGUGUUUAAGCGGCUGGACGAAGGAAACGCUUUCCAAAAUGUUGACCAGUUUCUGACGCAAUUGACGGCCGAUGCAGAACAGAUUCCUGACAUCCUUCCGGCCGUGAGGGAUGUAAUGAUGAAUCUGACAUUUAGCAUCAUCAGCCCUGAAUUCCAACGAUUUAAAAGGCUGGACUGGAUUGUGUGGUUCGGAGUAAAGCUGACUCCCAUCCUCCCCAGUUUUAAUGGAGUGAUGCUCACUAAUGCUACGUCAUACGUCAACUGCACCAACUACCAAGUGAUUGUUAAAGGAAUGUCCGAUGCCUUCCCUAAAAUGACUCCUGAUAGAAGAGAAGAAAUCGCAAUGGUCAUGCUGAAUUACCUGAAGAGAUCUAUACAACUCAUCAAUGGACCAGCUUGCACCCAGGGCAUUCAAAACGAUGCAGACUGGCUUGAGAUCAACCUGGGUCUAUUCUCUCAAUACGUAUCCUAUUCGGAUCUCACACACUUCAACAUCUCAGGGUUGGCAGUUCUAGACAUCCUCUCACCAAAUCAGAGAGCUGAACUCAUACUGGACCCUAUGAAUCUGUCCAAUGAAUCUCUUGUACAAGAGGUUUUGCUGUCGGUUCUGGGGUCUGCCGACAUCGGGGAGAUUGGACUUUUUUUCCAGGCAUUUGUUAAUACUGCAGCAAUGACAAACCUGACCUCUAUUGAGCCAGGACUACGAAACACCCUCUUAAAUCUGACUCUUACAGCACUAGCCCCCAAAUUGAAAGCCUUGGAUGCUCAGGGAUUCAAGUUCUGGUUUCAGGUCUAUCUCCAGUUAUUGCUCCCAGGCAUUCAACCUGGGACCUUUUCUGUCAUCCCAAGGAAUAUCAGCUGUGACUCCUUCAGUGCUAUCAUCAAGGGGUGUGAUAAUGUGGUCACUCAACUGUCACAGAUGCAGUCCCAGGAAGUCUUCACAUUUAUUAUGAAUUAUUUGACAGGCCAAUUAGUUGGAGGCUUUUCCUGUGUGAACACUGUGACUAAUGACAGUGAUUGGCUUGAAAGCUACUUGGGACAAUUCCGGAUCUAUGCAACAUAUGUGGACUUUGUGAUCCUGAAGAGUGAUUUUAAUGGAGUGAAAGUAGCGGAUCUGCUCACUCCUACACAGUUGGCUCAGCUGGCAAUAAUUCCCUCACAACUAAAAGGGGCACAGGAUGUCAACAAGAUCAUGGCAUACAUCAUUCCGGCUGACUUUGGACUGUUCUAUGACAUACUCUCACCGGCUAUUCAGAAAAACCAGAACAACUACACAAAAGAGGUGAAGUCUGCUUUCCUCCAGGUGGUUUUUGACAGUGCCGACCUUUCCUCCACUGCCAUCAACGACACAGAAUUUCUUCUUUGGCUCACUGUUCGGUUGAACCCUCUCUUGGUGAACCUUUCAUCCAGUCAAGUGACACCACUCUUCAAAAUCUUGAUUGAUAGGGACUGUAAUAGUAGCCAACAAACGAUCUCACUGUUAGAUGAGCUGCGCUCAACAUUGACUGAAGAGACUCAGAGUGAAAUCUACAGCAACACUGUGCUCCUGCUAACAGAGCCAACACCGCUGCGAUGCUAUGUAAACGGAAGCUUCUACUCAUUUCUGAAAAGCACGUUCCUUGACUUUGGAUUCCCCGACCUGUCAGUGCUUCUCACUCUCAUGCCAGACACGCGUCAAACUGAGCUCCUGAAUUCCAUAACGUUACCUGAGCUGAGUCAGUUCCUGAGUCAGCCUGGCAUCAUCGACAACAGUUCUGACAUAUGUGUUCUGUUCAAUGACUACUCCAAGACACCUGAGUUCUUGGAAAUUGAGAAUGUACCUGAUGCUGUGAAGCCCCUGAUUCUUCCCUGUGUCUGGCCUUUAGCCCUGGAAAGCAGCAAUACAUUAAACGUGGAUGCCUGGUUUGACCUUAGCCUGAAGAAAUACUUACGUUUUCUUACUAAGAGCCUCAUCAGCUCAUCAGAAGUGCAAAAUGCCAGCUGUCUCGCAUUCCAGAAACUAGUCUCCAUCCUUGGAAGUGAUUUCAAUUACAGCACCUCUAACUUUGGGCCAAGUGAUGUGUAUAGCAGCAUUAAGACUUAUCUUGUCACAGGCCCUCAACCUAAAUGCUAUAUUGCCAGUGAUCCAGACCUGAACUCUACCGCUUGGUUUGUGAACUACAUUGGUGUGUUCGUGACUUACCUCUCCCUGGAUGACCUCAACACCUUUCUCACCACCAGUCAGUUCAACAUCUUUGUGGAAAACCAAGCCAAUAUCCAGCUCUUCAACAACACUGCUAUAGCUGCAAAUGUCAUCUCCUACUACAUCACACAGCUAUACACAGUGGACCCCACCUUUAACCCUAUGCAACUUCCAGGCAGCUUUCUGUGUCAGGUCCCAAGUACAGCCUAUAACUCUCUGAGCCAAAACAACAGUGUUGAUAUACUGAACCGUUUCCAGCAAUUCUGCAAUGGAACUGACAAUCCUCAGAUAUUUGCUGCACUGGUGUCUAACCUCCAAAAUAUCACAGCAAACAUUAUCACAAUGUUGGGGAACGCCAUCACUGGCCUGUCGACAAAUCAGAUUGCCUCGAUUUCUACCUCAACACUUGUAUCAUCUCUUUCAACUCUUGGUUCUGUGAGUGGCUGGAACCAAGGCCAGGCCAUUGUGGUUGUACAGACCAUCAUUUCUGGAGGCUUCCAGAUCAGCAACGCCUCCACUCUGAUCGCAUUGGGCACACUCAUUGGGGGUGUUCCGUCGGCAAUAAUAACGUCCGUCUCAGCCACUGAGCUCUUGGCAACAUCCCAGAACCCCGGGUUUAUCACCAACUUGCUUGCUGCGCCAGAGAUUUUACAGGCAACCUACAUCAGCAAGAUAAUCACCGUCGGCCAAAGCCAGAACGCAUUUAUUGUUAAUGUACCAGAUGCUAUGGCCACGCAGAUCCCCAGGGUUCUCUUGACAUCCUUCCAGGAUACAGUAGACGUGCAGGCGAUCAACAGAAAGACCUGGACGCAAAAUCAGGCUGUUGUCUUCUUCUCCUUUGAAGUAAGCAAUGCAACCAUCAGCCCAGAGGAGCUCUCCCCAUUCGUGUUGCAAGGGUUUACUUGUACAGCAGCAGGGUCCAUGCAGAGCGAAUUGAUUCGCAGUCUGGUUCAUGCCUGCAGACCCAGGAUCCAGAGGCAAAAAGUGGUGCUAAUAGAAACACAGUUGACCUGCAUGUAUAAUUUACUGAAAAGCAACCUCUCGCAGAACUUCACUGACUAUCCCUCAGAGAUGUUACUCUAUUACAACUAUUCGAUAGUUGAGCAAAGCAACUGCAGGUCCUACUUCACCGCUGUGGGUUCUGCAGAUUUCACCGUCCUCUCCAGAGUGCUGAACAAGGAUACACUGUUGCUGAACAACGCAAAAAGCUGCUUGGGAAUACGUGGAAUGAGCCUCAGCAAAGACAAUGUGGAGGUGCUGGGAAACAUGCUGUGCAUUGUGAACGGCUCCUACAUCCAAAGUUCUGACCCUUUCAUUCUGGAGAAACUGAAGAACUGCCAGGACUUCACCGUGUCUCAGGCCAAUGCCAUGGAAACACUCCUGCUUUCAGGGACCACUCAGUAUGGAAACACUUCGACAUGGAAUGAACAAACCUUGGUAAACCUUGGAAUCCUACCACUGUAUCUGUCCAGUAACUUCUGGAGCCUAUUCACCAGUAAUGUGAAAAGGACAUUCCUCCAGUACUUUAUGCCCCAGCUAAGGAACAACGGAACAGUGGGGACAAAGUUGAUGGCACUGUUCCAGCAGGUUAACAAAAUCACAAGAUCCAGGAGAGAAGCAGGUUGCACCAUUGGCAACAUCACCCAGUCGACCAUCGCUGAUGCCGCUUUCCCCUUCGGCUAUACCGCGACCCAGUUUGACCUAUGCCUUAACACCAGCGUUUUAAUAAACAAUCUCGCCGCUGUCACUGGAAAAGUGGAUGAUGUCACCUUCCAGGCUGUUAUUUUAGCCAAACUUAACCAGGCUUAUCCAUCGGGGAUUGUUGACGAGCAGCUCCAGAUUCUGGGUUCAGUGUCUCGUGUGGCCACACUAGAUGACAUCACAAAGUGGAGAAUCACCAGUAUCGACACACUGUCAGCACUGAUGAAUCCGAAAAAUGGUCCAUGGGAAGCAGCACAGAGUAACGCAAUCAUCAUGAUAUACUUAAACACAUCAGGCAACUCCUUGGGCAGUUUCGAGCUAAACGCGAUUGGUUCAAACUUAUGUUCUCUGGACAUCAGUGUGUUGCAGACAAUCACGCCAGACAGCCUAAGAAAUGCCAAUUCCUUGAAUGUGACCUCUUGCUCCACUGAGCAGAAGAGAACUUUAUAUAACAUCGGCAAGACUGCCUUCAACACACAGCGCACCAGUGUAGCAACAACUUAUUACCACCUCAUCAGCUCCUACCUAGGUGGGGCUCCCAUUGAAGACAUAAGGAGCCUUGCAACUCAGAAUGUGAGCAUGGACAUCGCUACCUUCCUAAGUCUUGACAUCACCGUAGUUACAAAUCUGACCGUAAGCGAGGUGAAAGGACUUAUGGGUAUUAACGUGGACGAUCUGAAGACGUUUGAGAAUACCUCAGUUGUUAAGGCGUGGGAAGCUCAGCAGCCACAGUCUGAGCUGGAUACCCUGGGUAUUGGCCUGACUGGAGGCCGAGAAGCUCUGAUUGUCACACCCAACCCCAACAUUAGCAGCUCUACUAACGGCAUCACGAAAUCACCAGUGCCCGCCACUGCCACAGUCAUGCCACUGCUAAACACCACAAUCAACAAUGGCAUUGGUGAUGGAGGACAACUGCUUGGGAAAGACAUGCGAGCCUUCUCUCUCUGUUUGGCUCUGCUGACCAUUAUUCUACAGUUGACAUCAGGCUAGAUGAAGAGACCAUAGAAUGGGCUGACCAUCCCAUUGUUUUACCUACAGCAACAUGUCUUGAAGAAAUAUCAAACAGUCCUGUACUACUUUUAUAAAUAAAAUUUGCGUUUUUAUAAUGUAUCCAAUUAUGUUGAAAUUGUUACAAAUUUAGUCCCUCUUAAUAAUGAAUCUACAUUUGUUUUCCUAUGAACGACUUGAUUUCCAUAAGAUUGCACAUGGCACUUAACAUUUUUAUUUAAAUUACAUUUAAGCACAAUUUGUGAUGUACACAGUAUUUCCAAGUUCCCUUGUUUGUAACCCGUAAAUAUUUUAUUUUAAUUUUAAAUAAAUCUCUCAAUGUA